UUUUUAAUUCGAAGAACUUUAAUUUUGUUGAUUAUUGAAUCUUGAAGAGAUGUCUGAAAACGAGGAAAUUGCUGGUACGAUCCCCCAAGAGGAUAUAGAAGCAGCGGAGAAAUUGAAAAACGAAGCGAACGAGCUUUUUAAAAAACAAAAUUACAACGGUGCUAUUGAAUUGUAUACACAAGCUAUAAAGAAGAAUUGGAAAAAUGCUGUGUACUUCGCCAAUCGCAGUAUAUCGAAUUUGCGGCUGGAAAACUUUGGGUACGCUUUGAGUGAUGCGUCGAAAGCUAUUGAAUUGGAUAAGACGUACACUAAAGCUUACUACAGACGAGCCGCGGCGCAUAUGUCUUUAGGAAAGUACAAACUAGCGCUUAAGGAUUUUGAAUAUGUAACCAAAGUUAGGCCAAAUGAUCAAGAUGCUAAACUUAAAUACUCGGAAUGCAAUAAAAUAGUGAAGAAGAUAGCAUUCGAGAAAGCUAUCUCUGUGGAUAAGAAAGAGGUUAACAUUGCUGACUCUAUCAAUUUAGAUGUUAUGACUAUUGAAGAUGAAUAUGAAGGACCAGCUUUGGAAGAUGGCAAGGUCACCCUCAAAUUCGUCACUGAACUUAUGGAGUACUAUAAACAGCAAAAGAAAUUACACAAGAAAUACGCUUAUAAGAUUCUAAUCGACGUAAAAUCGUACCUCCAAACACUGCCCUCACUUGUUGACAUUAAAGUACCGGACAACCAGAAAUUUACUGUCUGCGGAGACAUCCACGGACAAUUCUAUGAUCUUAUGAACAUUUUUAAACUAAACGGCCUACCAUCGCAAGCCAACCCGUAUUUAUUUAAUGGCGACUUCGUAGAUCGAGGAUCGUUUAGUGUGGAAUGUAUCUUCACAUUGUUCAGUUUUAAACUCCUCUAUCCUGAUCACUUUUACAUGUCAAGAGGCAACCACGAAACCCUGGACAUGAACCGUAUGUAUGGAUUUAGAGGCGAGGUAACCUCCAAAUACUCGUCGCAAAUGGCAGACCUUUUCACUGAGGUGUACAAUUGGCUGCCACUAGCUCACUGCAUCAACAACAGGGUGCUUGUCAUGCAUGGUGGAUUGUUCUCGAAGGAUGACGUCACACUUGAAGAUAUUAGAAAGGUCGAUAGGAAUAAACAACCUCCUGAGGAUGGUAUAAUGUGUGAGUUGCUCUGGUCCGACCCUCAACCGAUGCUCGGCCGGGCGCCAUCCAAACGAGGCGUGGGCUGCCAGUUCGGCCCGGACGUGACCACCAACUUCCUGCAACGAAACGGCCUGGACUACGUCAUACGCAGUCACGAGGUCAAGAACGAUGGUUACGAGGUCGCACACGACGGAAAGUGCAUCACUGUGUUCUCUGCGCCUAAUUACUGUGAUACAAUGGGCAAUUUGGGUGCGUUCAUCACAAUGAAUGGCAAAGACCUCAAACCAAACUUCACUACUUAUGAAGCUGUGCCACAUCCCGAUGUGAAACCAAUGGCUUACGCAAACUCCUUCCUCAGUAUGCUUUGCCAAUGAUGGUCUUAUUUCAAAGCAUACAAAACAAAGCUACAUGGCUGAGUGAGCAAUAUUUUUUUUCUACUAUUAUGCAUUUAAUAAAAAUAUAGCCAUAGACAUGGAGUGUACAAUACGUCAGCGCCCUAAACUUGUAACUUGAUAGUUGUAAUGGACGGUAUUUAUAGAAAAUUAAGUAAUAAACCAGCCUGCGACACUACAAGUCUCCGUAAUGAAUUGUUUAUUGAAACACGGUCUAUUACAGACUGGUUUAUUAUUUGUUACUCGAGUUGAAGGUAAUAAACAUAACAGAGGGAAAUGGCAAAUCCUGUACUUUCGAAAAGCAAUAAUGGUCUACUGACAUUGAAACAAACCGAAUGAGUUUCGAAAUGUACAGAACACUGAACGUCUGGCUGACUUUAGAGUUAAACCAUGAGGCUCGUGCUCGAUCAUUGUAAAAAAAAAAUCAAUUUAGCCCGGAAUUGGUCGGCCUAGUGAGUUACGUGGGGAACAACAAACAUGAAGAUACUUGAACUAUACUAUUAGGCGUGAUCAAGAUCAUAAUUAUUUACCAAACAUUUCACGGCUGUGCACGGUCACUUCUAAAGGAUUAUUGACUUCCGCAAAACACA